GCCGCAGGAAGACCCCAGAACCGCGCUGCCUUCGCCCCUUCUCAAGCAGGCCUUCGGCUUCCUCGGAAGGGCCAGAUCCCGUCCUCUCGAAUGGCCGGUGAAACGCGGAGCGGGCGGGCCUGGCGCGACUCGGAGGGAGCAGCUUCCCUCGCUCCGGAAGCCCAGCCCGGGCCAGAGGAGGCCAGCUGCCCACAGGAUCCCCAGGAGAGACCGAGGGAGAGGAAAGAAGGGCGGCCCGGCGGUCAGUGGCACCCAGACGUGCGACCUCUCGUCUCAUCCGAGAGAUGGCUCCGGCUUCACGGGCUCCGCAGGAACAAACUGACCCUCUCCCAGAUCGUCUCGCAGCUCGGAUUUCCCCGGCGGGAAGGGUUCAUACGCUCCCUGGGCAGACGCGUGGCUUCUCGGUAUGCGGUCGGGCUGUUUCACCAGUACGCCACACCCGAAGGCGGAAAAGUGUAUAACCUGACGGCUAAGGAAGAGCUGCUUCAUCAGUGUGGGGAGUCGCUGACCCGAGCGGCGGAGCUGUUGCGGCAGAGGUUGGAGUGGCUGACCAGCGAGAGCCGGCAGAUAUUCGGGGUGAUCCAGGAGACCUCCGUGGCCGUCGUGUUGGACUUGGGCUCCCUGGCUGGACCCCGACUGGCUCUUUGCCAAGAGGCUGUGGUCCUGGUCCUCCGGGAACAGGUGGCUCACCUGGCCGGAUUCAACGUGAUCAGGGCUGGAAAAGUUGUGGCCAAGUGGCAGGAGGCUGCAGUCCCCGUGGAUGAAGCGUCCGUCGGCUCGGCCGUUGCCUGGAUCCGGUCGUUGGAGGCCGGGCCCGUGCUUGACCCCUCCCGCUCGGCGGAGGCCGUGCAGGAGUCCUGGAGAGACCCGGAAAUCGAAGCCAUUUACUACUUGGUGGCUGGGGACCUUCCUCAGGAGACGAAGCAGGAGCUCCUACGGAUGAUAUCCAAGAGUCCCUGUCCUGUCCACCCCGUGUCUUUCAAUGCCACGGAAGAAGGAACGAUUGGCAUCCUAAAGGAACUGAGCUCUCUGACCAGAGGCAGGUUCCACGCAUUUGCUGAAAGAACAGCCCAGCUGGAUCUUCCGGAGUCUACAUCGAAGGCUUCUGAGAGCGAAAGAUCUUGCAGUAGAAGGAAAUUGAAGGGCCGCUCACCUCCAGGAGCCGGCGUCAGGGAGGAUGUGUUCCUGGUCUGGAGGGAGUUGGAAGAGGCCCGGUACACGCUCAGCCAAGUCCAGGCCCUGCUCACGGCGUUUUCCGCACCAGCUCGGGAUGCCACCAGUGGAACCACAGCUGAUCAAAGAGCAACUGAGCCAGUGGAAGAAGAGUGCAUGAGUUCCUUAGAAUGGCUGCAAAAAUACGGCUUGAAAGCCCAGAAGCUGACCUUCUACGACGCCCUUGUUGACUGCACCUUCCGACACGCAGAUGGAGUGGUGGAUAUAAAAGUCAAGCCCGAAGACCCCUCCGUGCGGACUGAUGCGUUGACCCACAAGAAAAUCGUCCACGCGAAAUACUGUGAGAGGUUUGUGCACGUUCCCUGGAAGGACGGCUCCCUGGUCCACGUCUACAUCACGGCCGAGAAGUGCAAGGCCUAUGAAGAAAGGAUGGGUCUGGCCCUGGAGCACAUUGACCGAAGGAUGAAAUGGCUGCAGCGGGGGAGUCGGGCUGUGUUCGGGACGGUGCUCGAGGAUCACGUCUGCCUCCUCAUCGACACGUCGCGCUCAAUGAAGGACAAACUGGCCUUGGUGAAGGAGAAAAUCUUUCAGCUCAUGCAGGAGCAGCUGAGGCACAAAAGGAAAUUCAACUUUGUGAAGUUCGACGGUCGAGCUGAGGCGUGGCAGGACAGACUUGCGGAAGUGAACGAAAGGAACCUGAGGCAGGCCCGGUCCUGGGUCAGAGCCCUGGAGGUGGGAAGUUCUACCAACACACUGAGAGCCCUCCAGAUCGCCGUAGCCGAUGGAGACGUUCAGGCCAUCUACCUCCUGAGCGAUGGGAGGCCGGAUCAGCCUCCCGAAACGAUCCUGGCCCAAGCCCGGCUCCUCCCCCCGAUCCCCAUCCACACCAUCGCCUUCUGCUGCAGCGACCCCGAGGCCAGCGCGUUUCUGCAUGCCCUCUCCCGGGAGACUGGAGGACGCCCCCACUUCUGGAGCCCCGGCCCUUGGGAGGCCGGGGUGGGCCCCGAGUUCUCCAGUGAAGAUUUAGACCUUUUACAGAGAGAAAUGGAACAGGGAAGAAGAGACCUCCAGAAAGUGCAGGACCUCUAUGCUGAAGGACUGAUGUUGGACGGGUGGUUUAACGGGGAAAAAGACGGUGAAGACAGGCAUCAUAAGCGGGACUUGGCGGUGCCUUCGGCCCCAGGCAGCCCCCACCCCUGGGCGUCUGCUGCAGCGGAACCAAGAGAGGCGUCACCCCAGAAUCCCGGAGGGGCCGGAAGAGCGCUCCCAGUUGGUCCCAACCCAGGGGGGCGGAAGAAGAAGGCGCUCCAUGCGGAAGAGACCAAGACCAGCCUGCUCAGAGCCCAGUUCAGAGGCACAAAGGGGCGAGGAGACUGCCCAACCGUGAAGGCAUCUUCAGGUGGAAGAAAUCCAGCAUCUCAUGAAACCAACACGGCAGCUGAUGGGCUGGCAGGAAAAGAGGUCGCAGGGACCCCCGAGGAGCCUCUGGACUCCUCGUCAGCCCGUUGGCUUCGGAUCCACGGCCUGGAGGCCAGGAGACUCACGCUAACGGCCGCCUUGGCUCCUACGGCAAUCCCCCACCGGGCCAAGUACGUCCCGGUUCUGGAUAAGCACGUCGUUUCCAAAGUAUUCGAUGAGCUGUUCCCCGUGGCCCACGUGAGCGGCGACACCAAGCAGGUGACGUUGGUGAACCCUCAGGCGGUGGAUCUCAGGGGAUACCGGCGGGAGGUCCUGCGGGUCGUCCGAUCCUGUCAGAGGCGCCUCAAUCUGAUCGUCUGGAAGGCGCUGUCUCAAGAGGAGAGGGACAGGUUUGACGGCGAGGGAACGGUCACCUACCUGGACAAUCGGGAGGCCUUCCUGGAGGCCUUGGAGCGGCUCGACUGGCCCCUUCCCCGGGAAGACGUGACCCUCCUGGAGGAUGAGAUCGAGGCUGGGGCCGCCUACCUUCGGCAGGCCCUGGACCUCCAGGAAGCUGCCGGGAAGGACCAGCUCCGAGACCGGAACCGGGGCCAGAAACACCCAACCGGCCCGGAGAAGAGGCGCCCGGCAAGGAAGGCGGACGCCCUCAGAGGCCAGAGGGUGAUUGCCCGGUCGGAGGCCAGCGGCUUUUAUUUUCCAGGCACUGCGAUCCUCCGCCCGAGCGCCACCCGGGCCCUGGUGACUUUCCGGCACGGAGAGACGGAGAUGGUCCCGACUGCGGGCCUCAUUCCCGUCGGGGGAGCGAUGCCCGGUCCUCUGCUCCAGGUUGGGGACUUCGUGUUGGCCAGAAGCGGGACCUCGAGGGGCCAGGACCGCUUCGUCCCCGCGAUCGUCAUCCUCGUUCCGGCCGGCGGCGCGGACCCCUUCUACACCGUGUUGAAGUACGACAACGAGAAGCACCGCUUGACCUCUCGACGAAACCGUGAUUGGGCCUUUCCGACGGAGAGCCAAACUCUGUCUUUCGGCACCGGAGUACGGUCACCCGAUACGCACUAUCCGCACGCUGCUCUUGUGUUCAGUCUCGCGAGGUCAAGUUAUGCACCAUCCGGCUAGUGAAGAAUUUCUCCCACAUUCGGGAGGAUUUGGAACUGGAUCCCGGGAGGUCUUGGGCGGGAGGUAGGAUUUUCACGUGAUUAUGAACCAAGAGUCUAAGCUCCAUGUGGGCAGGGCUUCCCGUUGGUCUUCCAAAACUCUUAGUAGAGUGAAUUGCAUCAGGUAGGCCAUGCCUAAAUAAAUGAAGAAAUAAAUGUCGUUACUACUAUUUCUACGGAUUAGUACGGUGCUCUGCACACAGUAAGCGCUCAAUGAAUGCUAUUGAAUGAAUGAAUGAAUCGGGAGAGCACUACGAACUGACCGUCCGAAGGAGUCCAGAGUCCUGCACCUCGGAAAGCCUACGCGUCGACAACUAAUUAACGUCGGUGACGUGAGGCCGAAUGGUAACGUGGAAUUCUGCUACCUGAGCGGCGUUGUGAUUGACGAUACGGGAUUAAAAAUAAAUAAAUAAAUCAGAGG